AUGUGUGGAUAAUCGCGCCUUCUUUUCUUCGUCUUUUAUUUGUGUUUUCAAAUCUAACGCGAAAAUAUGGCAUUCAAAAACACGAAACACAUAAAGUAAGGAAAUAUGAAAUGGAAUAACUUUACACUUUCACUUCAAAAUGUGCCACUGGAUUUACCAAAUUGGUGAUCCAGUGGUUUAACGCGUGCGCGUGAAACCAUAAGGUCUGUCAAUUCCCUGUUUGUACGUGACAAGGAGUAGGGUCGCCUGUCCCACCUCUCCGGGUCCUCCUGUUUCCCCUAACUGCUAAAUAGCACUACGCUAAACAGCAAAUUAUCCAAACAAAAUUGAAACAUACAAUAACAUUGUGUCGAAUGGACGUUAAACCCCAUUUUAAUAUCUCUCUAUACAGAAAGAGAGAACAAUCAGGGAUAGAUUUACCUACAGACUUGGCAGGCUGAAAACAUUGGGUCCUCACCCCAUUGGGGCAUCCGGCCAAGGUGUAUAAUAUUUUUGACACUUUCAGUAGCCUUUCUUACACGUACCGUAGUCUUAAACAUUCCUCGCCAUCCCCGGCUUUGCACAAUUAAAGGACACUUUCAUUUUUCUCCAGUCGAAAGGGUAGGGGAGUGUCGGGUUAAGACGUGACAAAAAAAGAAGAAAAAAAAAAAAAAAAAAUGAUCGAUAAAUGCCAAUGAAUAUCUGCGACUUCGGUUUUUUUUUUAAUGAGAAAUUUUAAUAUGUAAACUUGGCUUUCGUUUGCAGUUAUAAUGAAGUUCGGAGUAAUGCCUUUGUCUAUGGGGAAAUCGCCAACAGAAAGUAAAGAAAGCGAAGACAGAGAAAUAGAAGGUCGAGAUAGAGAAGAUACAGAAAUAGAAGUUAUAAACACAGCAGAUAUUGAAUCAAAAGAUGACGAAACAGAAGAUAUGAAAUCUGCAGAAGAAAUAAAAACAGAAACCGAUGAUAUAAAAACAGAAGAUAUAAAAACAAAAGAUAAAACAAUUGAAGAAGAUAUAAAAACAGACGAUGCAACAACUGAAGAAGAUAAAAAAUCUAAAAAUAUAAAAACAGAAACAGAAGACAUCAAAACUGGAGAUUUAGAAAAAGAAACAGGGGACAUAAAAACCGAAGAUAUAAAAACUAAAGAUAUAAAAACAGAAACUGAAGAUGUAAAAACUACAGAAGAUAUAAAAACUGCAGAAGAUAUAAGAACUGCAGAAGAUAAAACAGCAGAAGAUAUAAAAACCGAAGAUAUAAAAACUGAAGAUAUAAAAGCAGAAGAUAUGAAAAAAGAAGAUAUAAAAACUGAAGAUUUAGAAGCAGAAACAAAGGAUAUAAAAACUGCAGAAGAUAUAAAAACAGAACCAGAUGAUAUAACAACGAAAGAAAAAGAUAUAAAAAGCGAAGAUAUAAAAACUGCAGAAGAUAUAAAAACUGAAGAAAUAAAAACUGAAGAUAAAGAGGACGUUGAAAUAGCAACAUGUCCCGAAGACCUCGAGAAUGGAUUGGAGCCAGGAUACUUCAAAAAAGAAGGGAGAGCAUUUUGCCUGAAACAUGGCAAGAUAUUUGAAAUACACAAGAAAAAUGCACAAAAUCAGAAAAACAGAAAAUUUGUAUUAUUAGGUGUCAUUCCAGGCGGCUGCAAAUCAACAAAAAAUCAAAAGAAAAUCAACCCAUAUGUUCUGAUGAACCUGUAUAGAAACAGCACUUCGCCACCAGAGAAUAUCAAACCCUAUUUGUUGGUAAGACCAGAGGUCAGAAUAAAGAUACACACUGACACAGUUCGUACAAAUAUGUUUGGACCGCAUCCGAAAACGAAGAAUGUACCUGCACCAGAGUAUAAAGGAGAAAAAAAUAUAGAAACAGAAUGUACAGAAGUUAAAUAUAUAGACACAGAAAAUACAGAAGUAAAAUAUAUAGACACAGAAAAUACAGAAGUCAAGUAUAUAGAAACAGAAAAUACAGAAGUCAAAUGUAUAGACACAGAAAAUACAGAAGUAAAAUAUAUAGAUACAGAAAAUACAGAAGUUAAAUGUAUAGACACAGAAAAUACAGAAGCAAAAUAUAUAGACACAGAAAAUACCGAAGUAAAAUGUGUAGACACAGAAAAUACAGAAGUAAAAUAUAUAGACACAGAAAUUACAGAAGUAAAAUUAAAAUACAUAGAAACCGUGUACAAAGAAGUAAAAUACAUAGAAACAGAAUAUAAAGAAGUAAAAUACAUAGAAACAGUGUACAAAGAAGUAAAAUAUAUAGAAAUAGAAUAUAAAGAAGUAAAAUACAUAGAAACAAAGUAUAAAGAUGUAGAUACAGAAUAUAAAGAAGUAAUAUAUAUUGAAACAGAAUGUAAAGAAGUAAAAUACAUAGAAACAGAGUAUAAAGAAGUAAAAUACAUAGAAACAGAGUAUAAAGAAGUACAAGAUGUAGAGACAGAAUAUAAAGAAGUACAAUAUGUAGAGGCAGAAUAUAAAGAAGUAAAAGAUGUAGAAACAGAAUAUAAAGAAGUACAUGAUGUAGAAGCCGAAUUUAAAGAGGUAAAAGAUGUAGAGACAGAAUAUAAAGAAGUACAUGAUGUAGAAGCCGAAUUUAAAGAGGUAAAAGAUGUAGAGACAGAAUAUAAAGAAGUACAUGAUGUAGAAGCCGAAUUUAAAGAGGUAAAAGAUGUAGAGACAGAAUAUAAAGAAGUAAAAAAUAUAUACACAGAGUAUAAAGAAGUAAAAGAUGUAGAAACUGAAUUUAAAGAAAUAAAAGAUGUAGAAACAGAGUAUAAAGAAGUAAAAGAUGUAGAACCAGAGUAUAAAGACGUACAAGAUGUAGAAACAGAGUAUAAAGAAGCAAAGGAUGUAGAGACAGAGUAUAAAGACGUAAAAGAUGUAGAGACAGAGUAUAAAGAAGUACAAGAUGUAGAAACAGAGUAUAAAGAAGCAAAAGAUGUAGAGACAGAGUAUAAAGACGUAAAAGAUGUAGAUACAGAGUAUACAGAAGUACAAGAUGUAGAGACAGAAUAUAAAGAAGUAAAAGAUGCAGAAACAGAAUAUAAAGAAGCACAAGAUGUAGAAACAGGCUAUAAAGAAACAAAAGAUGUUGAGACAGAGUAUAAAGAAGCAAAAGAUGUAGAAACAGAAUAUAAAGAAGCAAAAGAUGAAGAAACAGAAUGUAAAGAAGAAAACAACAGAGAAACGGAAAAUCAAGACACACAAAUAAAUGCACUUAGAGAAGAAAUCGAUGUGAUGGAAAUAAAAACACAAACCAAAGAAAAGGAAGAUAGGGGAAUGGAUAAGGGAGAUAUAGAAGAAUCGGAAAUAGUAAUGGAAUUAGAGGAGGGGAAGAAUUAUGGAGCAAAAUCUGUAGAAGGCAAAAAAGAGAAAAAUAAAAGCAAUUUCCGUAAAUUUUUUAUCAGAGUGGGAAAACGGCUUAGAAAAUUGUGUACUUGUGGCUGUGCUAAAAAAACAAGCAGAUUGAGAAAUAAACCGAGGGAAGGAGGGGGGUGGGGGCACGGGAAAAGAAAUGAGAAACAUUAA